UCUAAUGUAAAUUUGCUCGGUGGGAACACUUCAUGCGACGUUCACACGGAAUCAAUAGAGUGCGUGACACAUUUUUUUUCGUUUUUGUGCUACGUCAACCCACUUCGAUGUUUCUCUUUCGUGUUUGUGGCACAAGGUGAUCAGUUCAUGCUUGACUUGCGCGACAGGGAGACGUGUCUCAACGGUGUCUGUGAGAAAAGUACUCUUUUCGUCUACAAAAAGCAACGUAGUCGAAUAAAACACUCCGCAGAAAAAAUCCACGUGUGCGAAACUUACGGUAAAAAAAAAAGUUAAAUAUAUGUUGACGAGGUUUUUCAUGAAAUUUCGCCUACAAAAAGCGACGUACUGUUAUUCGAAGAAAACAUUAUGCAGAAAAGAUCCACCUGUGCGAAGCUUACGGUUUACAGAAAAAAAGUUGAAUUUAUGGUGACGAAACUUUUCAUUAGAUUACGUCUACAAAAAGCAACGUAGUCAAACAAAACAUUCUGCCGAAACAAAUCCACGUGUGCGAAACUUGCGUUAAAAAAAGUUGAAUUUAUGUUGAGGCUUUUCAUUAGAUUUCAUCUACAAAAAAGCAACUUGGUCGGAUAUACAAUUGUGCAGAAAAAAACCUCCUGUGCGGAACUAGCGUUUUUACCGAAAAAAAAUGUUGAAUUUAUGUCACCAUUCUUUUCAUUAGAUUACUGUAUGUGAUUUACGAAGAAAGUUCUGCUGCUAUCUAAUGAUCAGUUACUUUUUUCUCGGGAAUAUAGAAAAUUAAAAUUACAGUAUAUUGAACGCCUUUACCCUUCUAUUGACAGGCAUUUUAUGAGAAAAAAAUCAAUUAAAAUUACGAUAUGAUUAAUGCGUUGAAUGGGUUAUAGGAUUCCGCGCGCAGUUUUAAUUUUCGAAACUUCACCCUAUUUUAUGGGUUCUAAAUAUUUAGAACGUUUCUAAAUACUGUACUGUACGCAUAUUGAAAAAUCACCAAAAUUUCCGUCCACGGAUGAUGGAAGGAGAACAAAAUCGACCACCAUUGUGUCGCCUAUUUCGUGUAUCAUCCUACCCUAAAUUCAGUGUAAUGGAUGUAAUGACGAUUUUCUGCGUCGUCUCAGUGCAAAAAAUUGCCUCAUAAAUUCAACCCGACGAACUGUAUACUGUGUUACUGUCCGAUAACUGCGAAGGUUCAGGUUAUUUCUCCAAGUUCAUUGAACACCUGAUUGAUGUAAUAGUGACUAAAUUUCAUCCCCAUCAAUCCGGUGAGGGAAACUGUAAAAAAGUUUGAAACACCAAAAAGAAAAAAUUCAGGAUAUGCUUUUCGACGAUCUGAUCAUCUGAACUGUUUUAAUUCUAAUUAAAUUCAGUCGUGUACUGCGAAAAGAACAAGAACUGUUGGCAAAAAGAAGUGAGCUGCGCGAAGAAAUCCGACAACCCUCGUAAAAUCGACAAAACAAAGCAAAUACGGGCACGAGCUUACGAUCGCGGCAUAGUCCCAAUUCUUAAUGUGGUGUUAGUAUAGUAGCGUUUCAUGGUCUACAUGAAGAAAAACUUGAACAAUACUGUAUAAAGGUUUCUUUUGUUCUCCUAAAAAGUGCAGCGGCCAUAUGAGAAUUUUUUUGGCAUAUUUCGCGCGCUUUUAAUUUCGGAGUAAUUUAUCUACUGCUUUUUUUUUUCUCAAAGCGAUUCUGAAAUAUAUUUCUGGUGAUAACGCAGAGAAACUUGCUGACGAACUUGAGAAAAUGUCGGACACUGCCAUGGAACACAACAGAUCACCUCACGUUGCUGCUGUGAUUUUGGCUCGCGGUGGAAGUAAGGGAAUCCCUUCGAAGAACUUGAAAGUUAUCGGAGGUCAUCCCCUGAUUGCUUACGCAAUUCACGCCUGUUGCAACACGGAGGAAAUCACGUCCACGUGGAUUUCGACAGACUCAGAUGCUAUUGCAGAAGCCGCCGAAAAGUACGGGGCGAAAGUUCACCGAAGAGCAGCUUACACAGCCACUGACACCGCGUCUUCCGUGACUGGAGUCAAGGAAUUUCUCGAACACCAUCCUGAGGUGGACAUCGUAGUGAUGGUUCAAGCGACGUCUCCGCUCAUCAUACCGCAGUACCUGAAGGAAGCGGCCAGAAAAAUGUUGGACGAAAACUGGGACAGCGUGUUUUCCGUCACACGCAUACACAAAUUUACCUGGAAAGACGUAACUGGGACAAAUGAAUCCACUGUGCCGCUCAACUUCACCCCAAGCAAACGACCGCGUCGUCAAGAAUGGUCUGGUAUGAUGGUGGAAAACGGCAUGUUCUACUUCUGCAAGGCUUCCAUAGCGAAGGAAACGUUCUACCAAGACGGAGAAAGAGUCACUUUCAUUGAAGUACCAGAAUCUUUGAGCCUGGAAGUGGAUACACACAUAGAAUUGCACCUUGCAGAACAAAGUUUACUUUUCCUUGCCGAUGAGUUGGGAGCAAAAGGUGGAUUGAGACCUGUCGUCCCGAAAUGAUGCCAUUCGUGGGCCACAAAUGUUGCGAAGAUCUUCAGAUGCGUUGAAAGACUUCGUUUCGUACAGCACAACAGGAUUCCGAAUGAUACAAAUUUUUGUAAUAUUUUUGGGUGCAAAGGUUGCGGGGAAAAAAGGAUUGUUCUUUGAAUGCGUCACAAUUUUAGUUGAAUCACAACGAAUUGCGCGUGAAACCUUUGUUUGAAAUAUAAGAAAAGAAGUUGGAUCCUUCAUCUGCUUGAAAGGUGAUCAAA